GUGAUUUGGGCGCGCACGUCGUGACGCCAUCACUGUUAGUCCGUCCAAACCGGAACAUUAGACGUAUUCCUGUGCCGCUGUGUUGUCAGGUUUGCUGAGAUUGAGCGACCGUAGUGCUGUUCGAGCUGUGGAUGGAGAGGUUCUGCUCAGAGGAGAGUUCGUUUAUGAUAAACAGAGCAAGCCUCACUGUCAGAGUCAGCAUGUCCUGACCGCCGCCGCUGGAGACUCACUGACUGACUGACUGACUGCAGUUUCUCUUCUCUGCUGAUUGGAAACGUCCCCACCGCCGUACACGGAGACAUUCGACACACAAACGAACAGAAGCCACAUCAAAGUGCCCGCUUUCUGUUCCCGUUCUUCCACCCAGCUAACAUGAGGCUGGCAGGACCGCUGCGUGCUGUCGUUGUAGUGCUUCUUGUGGGCUUGACUUGGCUUCUGGCGAGCUCCAUACUGGGAGGAGAUGGCAACUCUGUAGUGAAGAUGUUCUUUACUGGUACACCGGAGGAGCCAACUCAAGAACCAAGACCUCGCAGGUACAAGUGUGGGCUUUCUGCCCCAUGUCCUCCAAAACACCUCGCGUUCCGUUUAGUCUCUGGAGCUGCCAAUGUCAUUGGCCCCAAAAUCUGUCUGGAGGACAAAAUGCUCAUCAGCAGCGUCAAGAACAAUGUUGGGAGAGGACUUAACAUUGCUUUAGUAAAUGGGGUCUCUGGUGAGCUUUUGGAAACGAAGUCAUUUGACAUGUGGGAAGGAGAUGUGUCUGAUCUGCUGAAGUUUCUCAGACCUCUCCAUGAGGGAACCCUAGUGUUUGUGGCUUCUUUUGAUGAUCCAGCCACCAAGUUGAAUGAUGAAGCAAGGCGGCUUUUUGAGGAGCUGGGCAGCACAGCAGUAAAAGAACUGGCCUUUAGGGACAGCUGGGUGUUUGUAGGAGCCAAAGGCAUAGACAACAAAAGCCCAUUUGAGCAGCGAAUGAAGAACAGCAAAACUAGCAAUAAAUAUGAAGGCUGGCCUGAGUCUUUGGAGAUGGAUGGCUGCGUUCCUCUACGUGCCCCACUAGAAAGCUAAAUUCCCAGGGACAAUGAAACAAACUAUGAAAUGCCACAACAUUCACUAACAUGAGGUUUAAUUAGUGACCAAAGUGAUUCCGUUACAGUCAUGGUGAACUCUUGGAUCAUGCAACUACCUAAAUGGUCUCUGACUGAAAGUCUCUUGAAGGAUUUCGCUUGGUUCGGUACAAAUGGACCUUUUGAAAUCUAAACACAACUUCUUUUAUCUCUACUUUUGAAUAAUGAAGAGGAGUAAGCAUAUUGCUUCUGCAUACGAGCAAGUGGAAAAGGGAACAAACAGUGGAACUAGUCUAGAUAAAUGUGAGAAUCAGCUUUAUAUCAAGUGUUGUAAACGUACAAGAAGGAUUUCAUGAAGGUCGAAGAUAAUAUAUAUGACACAACACUAAUAUAUACAUCAGUCAGGGGUGAAAUGCAGAUUUUAGUCCUUUUUUAAAGUGUUCUUUUUUUAUUAUUUAAUGUAUAAUGGAUCUGUGCCUCUCUGUUAACCAAUGACUUUCAAGUAUAUUUGUAAAUUAUCUAGUGUACUGAUAUUUCACAUAACUGGUGUUAGGGAGAGCUACUGCUAUGCAAUAAUGUGUGGUUUGCUUGUUUUCUGAAGAGAGCUUAGUGUGAUGCUAAUGUUUGAAGAAUGUACUUUUGGACUCUACGUUUAAUAAUGCGUGGCACAUAUUUAGAGAGAAUGGUCAUGCAAAACUCAUUGACGUGAGUGUUUGGAACACUGAGAUUACGAUUAGCUUUUUGGAUAUUAUGUUUCUCAUUUUAUAGUCAACCCAAGAAAGUGAGCGUAUGAUGUACUCAAAGGGGAACUCCACUGAUUUUUCAAAAUGUCUGCAGAAUUAAAUGAAUAAGAUGUUAACGAAGUUAUUCAGAGCAGUUUGCUGUGAAAUGCUUAGUUCUAGAGAAACUUAGAGUCAGAAUUAUUCACAUGCAAUGGUGGUGAUAGGAACCACACGUCUGCAUCUAGAAAGUCCCUCACAUAAAGUUAUUACAUGAAAUGGUUACCUGAUUCCUGAUAUGAGACAUUGAUUUACGGUAGUUUUGUGAUAAAAUUUUGGCCUAAAACAUGAACAAUUUAUUUUAAUGUAUUCACGGUAGAGGCAUACAUGAAGGGUGUUCUAAGGCAAAAGAGUCCCCAAAGAAAACUUGCUUUUUUCCAGAUUUAU